GCGGCACGUGCCCGUGUUUACGUCCCUCGUGGAGCCGCGACGUCAGCAGCCGAAUGGCAACAUUGUGGCGAUACUGAGGCGCAGAGUUUAGGAGACGCGUCCCUCCGUCACGCCGGCUCCAGUGGGUCGGGAAGAAGAGGAGGAGGGGCGGGGAGAUCGGUCCGGGCGAGCGGCGGAGGCUCACAAGCCCCCGGUCCCGACCACCUACCCGCCUGCCCGGCGCCAGGCAACCCGCGCCUCACCUCCGGAGCGCCGCAGACGCAGCACCGCGGCCUCGCUCGGGGGGCGGCCCGGGCGGGCGCGAGGCGCUGCCGCAGCGCAGGGCUUGUAAACAGAUCCGGCCGCACGUGACCAUGUGAACUACCUGCUCCUGCGACGCGUAUUGUCUUUCCCGCGAGCCGCACCACAAAGGAGCGCGGCGGGUGCGAGUGCGAAGAGCCGGGCGAGCGAGCGGGGAGAGCCGGCCGGCGCGCUAAGAUGGCUGAAGGCUCCCGGCGAGGGUGAGCUGAGGGCGCGGUGCAGUCAGCCGGUGAGUCCUCGGGCGGGCAGGGCCGGCGGCGCCUUCCCCGCGGCCUGGCGCCGGAGCCACCAUGUCGUUCGCGCUCGAGGAGACGCUCGAGUCGGACUGGGUGGCCGUGCGGCCCCAUGUGUUCGACGAGCGCGAGAAGCACAAGUUCGUCUUCAUCGUAGCCUGGAACGAGAUUGAGGGCAAGUUUGCCAUAACCUGCCACAACCGGACGGCCCAGAGGCAGAGGAGCGGCACCCGGGAGCAGGCGGGGGCGCGAGGGGGCGCUGAGCCUGGCGCACCCGCGUCCGACGGGACCCGGGGGCCGGGCAGCCCGGCGGGCAAGGGUCGCCCCGAGGCCACUGCCUCAGCGACUCUGGGCAGGAGCCCCGGGUCCCGGAGGCGCCUGGCCUGGGCGGAGGGAGGCUCUCCGCGGAGCGCGUGCAGCCUUCGGGGGGACCCACUGCUGCGGAGUUCGGCCGGCAAAGGGGCGGAGAGCCCUCUCCGGAGCCCAGUGCGGGCCAACUCCAGCCCGGUCCGGAGGACAUCUGGAGGCAGGGAUGUGGCGGGGGCCGCCGCUGCGGCAGCCCCGCCGGCGCCCAAGGAGGCCCCGGUGUCGUCGGUGCGGGUAGUGAGCGCCUGCGGGACGGUCACCGAGGAGAUCGAGGUGCUGGAAAUGGUGAGGGAGGACGACGCGGACCCGGCGGCGCUGGCGCUCUCGGACGCUGGGCAGCCGCAGCCCGCCGCCGAGCUGGAGUCCCCGGCCGAGGAGUGCAGCUGGGCCGGGCUCUUUUCCUUCCAGGAUCUGCGCGCGGUGCACCAGCAGCUGUGCUCCGUGAACUCGCAGCUGGAGCCGUGCCUGCCUGUGUUCCCCGAGGAGCCCUCGGGCAUGUGGACGGUGCUGUUCGGGGGCGCCCCGGAGAUGACCGAGCAAGAGAUCGACACGCUGUGUUACCAGCUACAGGUUUACCUGGGUCAUGGCCUGGACACCUGUGGCUGGAAGAUCCUCUCCCAGGUACUCUUCACCGAGACCGAUGACCCGGAGGAGUAUUACGAAAGCCUUAGCGAGCUGCGGCAGAAGGGCUACGAAGAAGUGCUUCAGCGGGCCAGGAAGCGCAUCCAGGAGCUCUUGGAUAAGCACAAGAAUACAGAGAGCAUGAUAGAGCUUCUGGACUUAUAUCAGAUGGAGGAUGAAGCCUACAGCAGCCUUGCAGAAGCCACAACUGAACUCUAUCAGUAUUUACUACAGCCAUUCCGAGACAUGCGAGAACUUGCCAUGCUACGAAGACAGCAGAUCAAGAUUUCUAUAGAGAAUGAUUACCUGGGUCCCCGAAGAAUUGAAAGUCUACAAAAAGAAGAUGCUGAUUGGCAGCGGAAAGCUCAUAUGGCUGUGCUGUCCAUUCAAGAUCUUACUGUCAAAUAUUUUGAAAUAACAGCUAAAGCUCAAAAAGCUGUGUAUGAUCGAAUGCGAGCAGAUCAGAAGAAAUUUGGUAAAGCAUCAUGGGCAGCAGCCGCUGAACGUAUGGAAAAACUCCAGUAUGCAGUUUCUAAGGAGACUCUGCAGAUGAUGAGAGCUAAAGAGAUCUGUUUGGAACAGAGGAAACAUGCACUAAAAGAAGAGAUGCAGAGUUUGCAGGGCGGUACAGAAGCCAUCGCUCAAUUGGAUCAAUUAGAAGCUGAUUAUUAUGAUCUGCAACUUCAGUUGUAUGAAGUGCAGUUUGAAGUCUUAAAGUGUGAAGAGUUACUGUUGACAGCACAACUGGAAAGCAUCAAAAGACUUAUAUCGGAAAAGAGAGAUGAAGUGGUAUACUAUGACACUUAUGAAAGCAUGGAGGCCAUGCUGGAGAAGGAAGAGAUGGCAGCGUCUGUGCAUUUACAGAGAGAAGAGCUACAGAAACUUCAGCAGAAAGCACGCCAGCUAGAGGCAAGACGUGGACGGGUUUCAGCCAAGAAAGCAUACCUCAGAAAUAAAAAGGAAAUUUGUAUUGCAAAACACAAAGAAAAAUUCCAACAGCGCCUUCGGAGUGAAGAUGAAUACAGAACCCACCACACAGUACAACUAAAAAGAGAAAAAUUACAUGAUGAAGAAGAAAGAAAAAGUGCCUGGGUUAGCCAAGAAAGACAAAGAACACUGGAUAGACUUCGAACCUUUAAACAGGUAGUAAAAAGAUACCCAGGCCAGGUCAUACUUAAAUCAACCAGAUUGCGACUGGCUCAUGCAAGAAGAAGUGCAGCCAGUCCCGUGUCCUGUGAAGACCAGUGCGACCCUCUGCCAGGAGCGCUACAGGUAGAAGAGAAAAGUGAGGGAGUGGAGGAAGGAAGGGGCAAGCUCGGGUCAUCACAGACAACAGAAGCCCAAAACCUCACACAGCUUGAAGACAAUUCAUCAGCACAACUUGAAGCUACUUUGUUACCUCCUGGUGGUGUUACCUCUGAACUGCCUCCCGCUGUAUCUCCUCCACUUCUGAGCAAGAUUGACCCUAAACCAGGUUCUGCCACAGCAGAUCCACUCCCCCCACCUCUUCCUCCGGCACCUCCCCCGCCACCUCCUCCUCCCCCACCGCCACCGCCUCUGCCUGUCGGUAAGGACGGCGCCCCAGAGACACUGGAGAAAGGUCUGCCUAGAGUGGAGGGGAACGAGAAGAGGAUCCCAAAGUCAGCUAGUGCCCCCUCAGCACACCUCUUCGACAGCAGCCAGCUCGUCAGUGCCAGGAAGAAGCUCAAAAAGACUGCUGAAGGUUUGCAGAGGAAGAGAGUGAGCUCACCCAUGGAUGAGGUGCUAGCUUCCUUGAAGCGUGGUAGUUUUCAUCUGAGAAAGGUUGAACAGCGAACUCUGCCUCCUUUUCCUGAUGAAGAUGAUAAUAAUAUCUUGGCACAGAUAAGGAAAGGGGUAAAAUUGAAGAAGGUACAGAAGGAAGUCUUGAGAGAAUCCUUCACGCUUCUGCCCGACACGGACCCUCUAACACGGAGCAUCCAUGAAGCUCUUAGAAGAAUCAAAGAAGCAUCCCCUGAGUCAGAGGAUGAAGAGGAGGCUUUGCCUUGCACAGACUGGGAAAACUAACAAGUGACUCAACAGAACGAAAAAAAUACCUACAGUUGAACAUCGGCUCUUACAAAAUUGUAAACAUGGUUCCACAAUUGGAUUCCAUUAGAUCCAAAGUGUAUUGGCUCAGUGGUGUGAAAAAGGAAGCACAAUUGUCAAGUUAUCACUUUUCCAGUCAUUCCAGCAGAUGGUGGUUAACAUGAGUUUUAGAUGUGCAAUGUUCCUGACUGCAACGGAGAAAAGGCCUUGUGAAGAUUUCUGUUUUUUAAGCACCUUCCCCACCUGUCUACCCAUUUACAUCCUUGUAGUGGCCAGUAAAGCUAGGGGUCGUUAUGAGUUGGAAGAACACUGGGUUGACAGAUCUACUGUGAGCUGCGUUGAGAUUCCUUUGAAAUCCAUCGUUCAGUGCACUGAAUAGUCGUCUGCCCAAAAUACAGAGCUUCUUCCAUAUCAGCUUAAGUAGUGUGACAUUCUGAAAAAGAAGUUAAUCAUGAUAGCUAUAGGGCAGGAAUUGGAAGAAAUCAGAUGGAAAUGCACUGAUAAUUCCCACAUUACUCAUCUCCAAAGGAAUUUUCAUAAAGAUGUUCUACAACAUCUGAAAAGAUACAUAACCAUGGAGAUACACCUAUAAAUGUGUUUACCACAACGUGAUGCAUUUAACAUGGCCUAUUUUUAGAAGCCCACACACUUACAAUUUGUAAGGUUUCAGAGUAAAAAUUUCCAUGCUUUUAAAUAGCCCUUCAUA